AGGACGGCGCCGUCCACCCAGCGUCCACAGAGGGGACAUUCAAACUGCUGAGACUGGCUGCUGAGACUGGAGACACGGAGCUUUGUGCCGAAACUAAAAACACACACAACCUCAUGAAUUAAAACCGCUCAUUGGUGAGAGGCCAGUAGAGGACUGUGUGGAUUAAAACGACGACAAGCAUGGAGUUCCCGCAGCAGCAGAAACCGGCGGGGGACAGCAAGAUCACCUACCCGCCUGGAGUGAAGGAAAUCACGGAGAAGAUAAGCAACGAUGAGGUGGUGAAACGGCUGAAGAUGGUGGUGAAGACCUACAUGGACAUGGACCAGGACAGCGAGGAGGAGAAGCAGCAGUAUCUGAACCUGGCUCUCCAUCUGGCCUCAGAGUUCUUCUUGAGGAACCCUAACAAGGACGUGCGCCUCCUGGUGGCCUGCUGCCUGGCUGACAUCUUCAGGAUCUACGCCCCUGAGGCCCCUUACACCUCACACGACAAGCUGAAGGACAUCUUCCUCUUCAUCACCAGACAGCUGAAAGGACUGGAAGACACCAAGAGCCCACAGUUCAAUAGAUACUUCUACCUGCUGGAGAACCUGGCCUGGGUCAAGUCGUACAACAUCUGCUUUGAGCUGGAGGACUGCAACGACAUCUUCAUCCAGCUCUUCAAGACGCUCUUCUCUGUCAUCAAUAACAGUCACAAUCAGAAGGUCCAGAUGCACAUGUUGGAUCUGAUGAGUUCUAUAAUAAUGGAGGGAGACGGAGUCACACAGGAACUACUGGACACCAUUCUGAUCAACCUGAUACCUGCUCACAAGAACCUGAAUAAGCAGGCGUACGACUUGGCCAAGACUCUGCUGAAGAGGACCGUUCAGACCAUAGAAACAUGUAUCGCAAACUUCUUUAACCAGGUGCUGGUGAUGGGCAAGUCUUCAGUCAGUGAUCUGUCAGAGCACGUGUUUGAUCUGAUCCAGGAGCUGUUCUCCAUCGAUCCUCUGCUGCUCACGUCUGUCAUGCCCCAGCUGGAGUUUAAACUCAAGAGUAACGAUGGAGAAGAACGGCUCGCUGUGGUCAGACUGCUGGCCAAGCUGUUUGGAGCCAAAGACUCAGAACUGGCCACUCAGAACAGACCGUUGUGGCAAUGCUUCCUGGGACGGUUCAAUGACAUCCAUGUCCCAGUGAGGCUUGAGUCGGUCAAGUUCGCUUCCCACUGUCUGAUGAACCAUCCAGACCUGGCCAGAGACCUCACAGAGUUCCUGAAAGUGCGAUCACAUGACCCAGAGGAGGCGAUCCGACACGACGUCAUCGUAACGAUCAUCAACGCCGGGAAGAAAGACCUGAACCUGGUUAACGACCAACUGCUGGGCUUCGUGAGGGAGAGGACCCUGGACAAGAGGUGGAGGGUUCAGGAGGCAAUGAUGGGUUUGGCCCAGUUGUUUAAGAAGUACUGUCUCCAUCACGAGGCUGGGAAGGAACAGGCCCAGAAGAUCUCCUGGAUCAAAGACAAGCUGCUCCACAUCUACUACCAGAACAGCAUCGACGACAAGUUGUUAGUAGAGAAGAUAUUUGCUCAGUACAUGGUUCCUCACAGUCUGGACACUGAGGAGAAGAUGAAAUGUCUCUACUACCUGUACGCCUGUCUGGAUACCAACGCUGUCAAGGCUCUGAAUGAGAUGUGGAAGUGUCAGAACAUGCUGAGAGGUUUGGUCAGAGAACUGCUGGACCUUCACAAACUACCUGCCUCUGAAGCCAACACCACGGCCAUGUUUGGAAAGCUGAUGACCAUUAGCAAGAACCUCCCUGAUGCUGGUAAGGCCCAGGACUUCAUGAAGCGGUUUAACCAGGUGUUAGGAGAAGAUGAGAAGCUCCGAGUCCAGCUGGAUACUCUCAUCAGCCCAACCUGCUCCUGUAAGCAGGCCGAACUCUGUGUGAGGGAGAUUACUCGUAAACUGACGUUCCCGAAGCAGCCCACCAACCCCUUCCUGGAGAUGGUGAAGUUCCUGUUGGAACGCAUUGCUCCCGUCCACAUCGACUCAGAGGCCAUCAGUGCUCUGGUCAAGCUGCUGAAUAAGUCUAUCGAGGGAACGGCCGAUGAUGAUGAGGAAGGUGUCACACCAGACACUGCCAUUCGCUCUGGACUGGAACUACUGAAGGUCCUGUCCUUCACCCACCCCACAGCGUUCCACUCUGCUGAGACAUAUGAGUCUCUGCUUCAGUGUCUGAAGAUGGAGGACGACAAGGUGGCCGAGGCGGCCAUUCAGAUCUUCAGGAACACCGGACAGAAAAUAGAGACCGAACUACAGCAGAUACGAUCGACCCUGAUCCCAGUCCUUCAUCAGAAGGCUAAACGUGGGACCCCCCACCAGGCCAAACAGGCUGUCCACUGUAUCCACGCCAUCUUCUGUAACAAGGAGGUCCAGCUGGCGCAGAUCUUUGAGCCCCUCUCUCGUAGUCUGAACGCUGACGUCCCAGAACAGUUGAUUACCCCCCUGGUCAGUCUGGGCCAUAUCUCUCUACUGGCUCCAGAUCAGUUUGCCUCCCCCAUGAAGGCCAUCGUGGCCAACUUCAUCGUCAAGGACCUGCUCAUGAAUGACAGGUCUGUAGGAAACAAAAAUGGGAAGCUGUGGACGUCUGACGAUGAAGUUUCUCCUGAGGUGCUGGCUAAGGUGCAGGCCAUUAAGCUGUUGGUGCGUUGGCUCCUCGGUAUGAAGAACAACCAGUCUAAAUCGGCCAACUCCACCCUCCGACUGCUGUCCGCCAUGCUGGUCUCAGAGGGAGACCUCACAGAACAGAAGAAGAUCAGUAAGUCAGACAUGUCUCGUCUGCGUCUGGCAGCAGGAGGAGCCAUCAUGAAGCUGGCCCAGGAACCGGUUUACCAUGACAUCAUCACACCGGAACAGUUCCAGCUCUGUGGGCUGGUUAUCAACGAUGAGUGUUACCAGGUGCGUCAGAUCUUUGCCCAGAAGUUACACCUGGCUCUGGUCAAGCUGCUCCUCCCGUUAGAGUACCUGGCCGUCUUCUCGCUGUGUGCCAAAGACCCGGUCAAGGAGAGGAGGGCCCACGCCAGACAGUGUCUGCUCAAGAACAUCAGUAUCAGGCGGGAAUUCAUCAACAACAACCCCCUGGCCCACGGUUAGUGAACCGGACCGUAA